CAGAGACAGACGGACGCGUCCUUUCGGCCCUCCGUUAGUUUCGCUUUUUGUAGUUUCGAAAAAGCGCGAAAACUGAAGAUUUCCAAAAUAAAUACAUAAAUCGCUCCUAGCCAUUUAUUCACCAGUCAAGGUGAUUACUAAAACAAAUACUAUUUUUUUCGAGUGUGCAGUGUGAAAAAAAGAGGCGCGGAGAAAUAGGAGAAACGAGAAAUCGAGACGAGAAGACGGAAAUGAAGCCAGCAAGUUGUGUGCAUAUCGGAGAGAGUAACGGAAAUUAAAAUUUGCAUAUAUGCAGAAGGCGGCGGGCGGCGGUGGGCGGUUGGCAAGCGGCGAGCGGUGAGCGAUGAAGAUGGAAAUUAAGAUGAAAGCGAACCCAAAACUGACCGAAACCGAAACAGAAACCGAAACCGAAACAAGACUCAAGUGCCAGAUCUAAAACUGCAGACUCACUCGUGCGCAAUCCAACCCACCAGCCGAAAAGUCGAGCAAAAAUCGAAAGCAAGGAGCAGAAAAAACCCCAGAGAAAUCCCAGUAGCAUAGUCCAGUAGUUGCAGAUCCAAGAGAUAGUCGGCCCAAUCCAAUAGUCCAGCCACAUAGAAAUGCCGUCGCCAGGACACCACACAUCAUUCUGCUGCUCCACGGCAGGAUUUAUCGCUUGCUCAGCAAUCGUUCUGCUGUGCAGUUCCGAGGUCCUGUCCAGCUGGGAGGAGUGGUGGACAUACGAUGGCAUAUCCGGACCAAGCUUCUGGGGCCUUAUCAAUCCGCAGUGGAAUAUGUGCAACAAAGGACGCCGCCAAUCGCCCAUCGACGUGGUGCCCGACAAGCUGCUCUUCGAUCCCUAUUUGCGGCCCCUGCACAUCGACAAGCACAAGGUUUCCGGCACUCUGCACAACACGGGCCAGUCGCUGGUCUUCCGGGUGGACAAGGACACCAAGCAGCACGUGAACAUUUCGGGCGGACCCCUGGCCUACCGCUACCAGUUCGAGGAGAUCUACAUCCACUACGGCACGGAGAACGUCCGCGGAUCCGAGCACUUCAUCCAGGGCUACAGCUUCCCCGGCGAGAUCCAAAUCUACGGAUUCAACAAGGAGCUGUACCACAACAUGUCCGAGGCGCAGCACAAGUCGCAGGGCAUCGUCGGCCUGUCGCUGAUGGUGCAAAUUGGCGAGACGCCCAAUCCGGAGCUGCGGAUCAUCACGAGCACCUUCGGCAAGGUGUUGUAUCGAGGCUUCUCCACGCCCAUCCGCCACAUAUCCGUGAGGUCGCUGCUGCCGAACACGGACCACUACAUCACCUACGAGGGCUCCACGACGCAUCCGGGCUGCUGGGAGAGCACCGUCUGGAUCAUAGUUAAUAAGCCCAUCUAUAUCACCAAACAGGAGUUGUACCAACUCCGACGACUGAUGCAAGGCUCCGAGAGUACACCAAAAGCUCCACUAGGUAAUAAUGCGCGACCCGUGCAAAGUUUACACCAUAGAACCGUAAGAACGAACAUAGAUUUUAAGCGCAACAAGAAUCAAUAUGCGUGCCCCUCGAUGUACAAGGAUAUGUACUAUCGGGCGAAUCGAUGGUCACCCGACACGGGCCUUUUGAUACGUUGACAACUGGGCUGCGAGGGCUGCGAAAAGCAAUUAUUAUUAUUGCUAUUAUUAUUAUUAUGUGUGGUAAAUAAUGUUACAGCAAUUACAACUAUAAUGACAACAACAGCAACAACAACUGGUUACAAAAACAUCAACAACAACUGAGGCUGGCAACGAAAACGCAUUUUGCAUUUUUUAUGUCGCAUUCAAUUUUUAUAUUCAUGUUUACAACACGAACUCAGGAUUCGUUUGGCUUGCAAUUGCAAUAUUCCUACAGCAGCAAUUUGUAUUAUUUAUUUCAUUAUUAUUAAUAAUACAACAACGGGACAAUUUUAGGUAACAAAUGCACGCAAAAAGCGGAAAAAGAGAAAGAAUGCUUAUAGAACGGGAAUAACAAUAGAGUAAAUUCCAUGCCAAGCGCAAAUGCUAAAUUUAACAAACAUUCAACAAAAAGCUGACACACAGACACUAGCAAAAAUAGCAAAAAAUAGCAAAAACUAGCAAAUAGUAGCUGAAAAUUUGCGUAAAAAUAUUGUACUGUAUGUUUUUAUGGGCGGCAUUGAGAACUUAAUUCAAUGAAAUUUAAUUCAAUUCCUUUUUGUCUUGGACUCUCGUAUAUUUAUGCAUAAAACAAAGAGCACGAGUCCAUCACACUUUUUAUGCAGGGCUUAAAUUUUCCAUAUAUUUAAGCGUGUUAAUUAAAUAAACAAGGAUGCUCGCUUUGUAAUCACCUAGUUUUCAAUAGAUAUUCUUGUCGAACAGGAAAUCUGGUCGAUUUAAAGGCUUAGAUUUAAUCUGGGCUCAUUUAAACAUUUUCGAUUCAAUGCAUCUUCUAUAUUUAUAAUUAUUUCUGAUUCGCCUCCUUUUGUUAUAUGCCAAUACAAAAAGAAUUCAGCAAAAAAUGAAUAAAAAAAAAUAUAUAAGCAACAAAAAAAGUGACAACAAAGUGAAAUAAGAGAAUUUCCGUAAACUGGAUGGGUGGACAAUAACUAACAAACAAAACGAAACGUAACGAAAGAUAAACGAAGAGUUGGAGGCGAAAUAUAAACAAAUGGCAACAGAAAUUAACAAAAAUAAAAAUAUUCAUAUAAAUAUACACCAAAGUAAAGGUAUCUAUAUAAAAGCAUAUAUAUACACACAUAUAUACAUCACUCAAAACUCAGGGGAACCGCAGAAAUUUCUAGAGAUUUUCAAGUUUCUAUAUCUUCAAGAGCAUAGAGGAUAUGACAUGAUACCAUA